AUGUCUGUGCGUAUCUUCUUAUCGUAUUUGAAAAGCGAGAUUGUUGAUUCCAUCUUUCUUCCUACUUUGAUAAUUAGGUCAGUUGCGAUGCCAGAGGAUGAAACGUUCGAUUCCACAUCACAAUCAAACAGAGAUGUGGAAAGCCUAGGGUUCAGAAACGCAACAAGGAGAUUAGAAUUGUCGUCGGUGGAAGCUUUUUUGUUUGCUCAAGCCACAUAA